GCAUGGUCAGAGACCGCCGAUAUCGUGAAGACCUACAGUGAUGACAUGAUUAAACGUUUCAAUACCGAGAUUGACACCUAUCUGGUCUACGCUAGUCUUUUCUCUGCCAUCUUGACGGCGUUCAACGUGCAGUCAUACCAGCUCCUCCAGCCUGCAUUAACCCCAGAUCCGGUCCUUGUCGCUCUGCAGCAAAUCUCGGCCCAGCUCGGUAACUCCACGCAGCCAGCAUACCGGCGGGAAGACACGCCUGCGCCCCCUGCCCCGCACGCAGCGGUGUGGCUGAACACACUCUGGUUCUCGAGCCUCAUCCUCAGCCUCUCUUCGGCCUCGAUCGGCAUCCUCGUCAAACAGUGGUUAAACGAGUACUGCAGCGGAAUAUCGCCGAGCACUUCUCGCGAGACCGCGCGGCUGCGCCAAUAUCGUCUCAAUCAGCUCAUCAAGUGGCGUGUUGGGGACAUCGUCAUGGCCAUCCCG